GGAAUCGUCUGCGUUUCCUGUGCGGAACCUGCACCGAUAUCAGGAAGUUUGGGCGGUGGUUGAAGAACAGCAGUAUCUCCUGUUUGAAGGCCGUUUCUUGUCGAACUGUAAGAACACCAAAACAGCAUCAUGUCUAGCAAAAGGACCAAGGCAAAGACCACCAAGAAGCGCCCUCAGCGCGCCACCUCCAAUGUCUUCGCCAUGUUCGAUCAAUCACAGAUCCAAGAGUUCAAGGAGGCUUUCAACAUGAUCGACCAGAACCGGGAUGGCUUCGUUGACAAGGAGGAUUUGCAUGACAUGUUGGCAUCUCUGGGCAAGAACCCAACAGAUGAGUACCUGGAGGCCAUGAUGAUGGAGGCGCCAGGGCCCAUCAACUUCACCAUGUUCCUCACCAUGUUUGGAGAGAAGUUGAAUGGCACAGAUCCAGAGGAUGUUAUAAGAAAUGCCUUCGCCUGCUUUGACGAGGAGGGCACAGGUUUUAUUCAGGAAGACUACCUGCGGGAGCUGUUGACCACCAUGGGCGACCGCUUCACAGAGGAGGAGGUGGACGAGCUGUUCAGAGAAGCGCCCAUCGACAAGAAAAGCAACUUCAACUAUGUUGAAUUCACCCGCAUCCUCAAGCAUGGCGCCAAGGACAAAGAUGAUUAAAAACACUACUUCAUUCUGCUUACCACCUCUUCCCUUUCCUCUUUGUUAAACCAGUUUCUGCCCUCACUCCAGUUAGAGCUCUGCAUGUCUGCUGUAAAACUUCUGAGUUUCUUGGGACAAGGGGUACUUCCGUGUGUGUGUGUGAGGGGGUAGUGUGUGUGUGUGUGUCAAACACGCUUACUUACAAGAUUCAAGAAUACCCUACCCCCGACAAGGUCUUAUUUUGAGCUUAAAAAUGAAACCAGUUUAAAUGUGAACUCAACAUGGAUAAUUAUGGAAAGAACUUCUGGUUAAUGCAACAGCCUGAGUUGGCUGAAUUUUUACAUUUUGUAAUAAAUAUGAAACUUUUUAAAUAAAUCUACUCUAUCCAAAAUGCC